GCUGAGUUCAUAACAUAAUGCAGAUGACAGCCAUUGAUUUUAGUUUUGCUCUACCUCUCUGACAUUAUUUCGUAGUACCUUUUCCUAUGUUGAUGCCUGUACACAGUCAGACCGAAUCAAAAUAACAACAUACUACUUUGUUAUGUGGUGAUUGUUGUUUCGUGUCAUCGUGCCCAGAAUUAUUUGCGAUUAGACAAAAGUGCCAACAUCCAUCGUCCAAGGUAAUUCAGUCUAGAGAAAAAGUUUAGAAAACAUGAAAUUGUUCAUUCGAUGAGAAGCACGAAUGCUGAUGCUGUGUUGAUUUAGUUGUUCACAUAACAAUAUUCAGUGAUGGAUAACUAUUCAUUCCAAGAUGUACUUGGAACAUCAGCGACCAUAUCGACCGUGCUGCAGUUCCUGACGGGAUCGGUUAUUUGUCACAGAUAUAUAAGGAAGAAAUCCACCGGUGAAACGUCUGGCUUUCCAUUUGUUUCUGGCUUUCUGUCGUGUUUUCUCUGGCUCAAAUAUGGAAUGCUCACGCAGGAACACGUUGUGAUCUUCGUCAAUAUCAUCGGAUCAGUAUUGUUCUUUUCAUAUGUUUUAGUUUACUUCACAUUUUCGAUCAACAAACGCAUUGUGAUCCGGCAAUUUUUAGGAGCGUGUGUAUUUAUUAUGCUUUGUACAAUUUACACUACUUACGAGUCUAACAAAGAGAAGGCUGUCAACGUUUCUGGUCUUGUAUGUUGUUGUGUUGGAGUGCUUUUCUUCGCUUCCCCGUUUACCAAACUAGCUCACGUGAUCCAUACGAAAAAUACCGAAAGUCUUCCAUUUCCUAUAAUUAUUGCUUCCUUUAUUGUGUCACUUCAGUGGUUCAUUUAUGGACUUCUGAUAGGAGACAAAUUUAUACAGGUUCCCAACCUUCUAGGUUGUCUACUGUCAGCAAUUCAGUUAAUGCUGUACGUAAUAUAUCCCAGUCGGAGUACUUACAGUGUUGGCCCAGCCUACCAGCAGUUGCGGACUGAAGAGGUUCUUGCUUGAGUUGAAGAGUUGGAAUAAAAUGAUGUCUUUAGACAGCAAUUUGUAAA